AUGGCGGCCAUGCGCGCUCGCCAAAAGAUUCGAGCCCCUCGCCAUAGACCUGUGGCUACCGAACAAGAUGUCUUCGAGGAUGCCUGGAUCAAGAUUUCCACCUCACUGACUGAGAUCCACACCAAAAAUUCAUCAACUAUGUCCUUCGAAAAGCUCUACCGAAAAGCAUACGCCCUCAUCCUGAGUGGACGAGCCGAAGAGCUGGCUACCCGCGUUAGAACCCAUGAGGAGACAUGGGUGGCCGGGCCACUCAAGAAGAUGGUGACGGAUUCGAUCUCAAAGUUUCUUCUACUUGCACAAGAUCAAGGUGCGACCGAGCUCAAGGAUCAAUCGAUUGAGCGUCAAGCUGCGGGGGAGAAGUUCCUGAACGUGUUGAAGACAACAUGGGAGGAUCAUCACCUUUGCAUGUGCAUGAUUACAGAUGUUCUAUUAUACAUGGUAAGUCAUCUCCGAGGGCCUUUUGCCUACGAUAGAAACUCUGCCGGGGACCACAAUGAGCUGAUAUACUCCCGCCAGGAUCGCAUUACCGCCGUCGAUCGCCACAAACCAACAAUCUACGCGGUAGCCAUGGCUGCCUUCCGAGACAAGGUUCUCGGUGCUGAUAUUCACACUGAAAAUAAAGAAACUAACACAACUAUUAUGGAGUUGUUCAAAUCCACGGUCCUUUACAUGAUCCAGCUGGAGCGAGAGGGGCAGUUGAUUGAGCGCAAUCUCAUUAAACACUGCACCAAGAUGAUGGAGAACCUUUACAAAACCGCCGCUGAAGAGGAAGGCUCAAAACUCUACUUGACAGAUUUUGAACCGGCCUUCCUAAAAGCCAGUACAGAUUUCUACACUGCCGAGGGAGAACGCCUUUUAGAAGCCGGGGACGCGGUCUUUUUCUGCCGAGCUGUCUCUCGACGAAUCGUCGAAGAACAGGAACGAGCCCGUACCACGAUUUCUAAGCUUAGCGAACCGAAAAUCCUCCAAGUUAUUGAUGACGUGCUUAUCAGACAGAACAUUGCUCAACUUGUUCAGCUCAAGGGUACCGGGGUCAAACAUAUGAUUGACACCGCUCAAAUGGAGGGGCUCCAGAAUAUUUACACGCUGAAUGCGCGAGUUGAUAAGAGGAAAGCUGCACUUUGCAAAGCACUUACUGAACGGAUCGUGGAGCUUGGGAGAGAGAUAAAUACCUCGUCGAUUCUCGGAUCGACUUCCAACCGCGAAAAUGACGCAGAGAAGAAGAACGAGAAGACCAAAGAAAAGCCGGCUAGUCAACAAACAAUACUGGCUAUUAAAUGGGUUAACGACACCCUUGCUCUGAAGCGACAGUUUGACAAUUUCUGGAAAAAUGCGUUCUUUUCUGACCAGGGGGUUGAAGCCGCGAUCAUGGGCAGUUUUUCCGACUUCAUCAAUAUGAACAGUCGGAGCUCAGAGUACCUUUCUCUCUUUUUUGACGACAACCUCAAGAAAGGAAAUAAGGCCAAGACCGAUGGUGAGAUCGAUGCCCUCUUGGAAAAUGGCAUUAUCUUACUGCGCUUUGUCCGGUCCAAGGAUCUCUUCGAAACCUACUACAAGAGGCAUCUUGCUCGCCGACUGCUGAUGAAACGAAGUGCCAGCAUAGAUAUGGAGCGAAACAUGAUCUCCAAGAUGAAGGUAGAAGUCGGCAAUCAGUUCACGCAGCGUAUAGAGGCCAUGUUCAAGGACAUCACUAUCUCCGAAGAUUUAACCCGCGGCUACAGAGAAUACAUCUCGAACACCGGUGACCAAGAGGCAACCCGCAUUGACCUGGAAAUGACUGUUCUUACAAACACCAUUUGGCCGUUGGGUGAGUCCAAGCUAAGCGGAACGGAGGACGAUGGCCGGAACUGCGUCUACCCACGAGAGAUUGAAUCCUUGAAGCAAAGCUACGAGAAAUUCUACCUCGACAAACACAGUGGCCGCAAACUCACCUGGUACGCUACACUGGGCACGGCGGAUAUUCGAGCCAAUUUUAAGCGAAGCAACGGCAAAGUCCAGCGUUAUGAGCUCAACGUCUCCACCUACGCCCUCGUCAUCUUGUUGAUGUUCAAUGACCUUGAAGACGGGGAGUUCCUUACCUACCAAGACAUCGAAAACCGCACGCAGAUUUCGAAGCAUGACUUGAUUCGAAACUUGCAAUCGUUGGCUGUUGCUCCCAAGACACGCAUCCUGCGCAAGGAGCCCAUGAGCAAGGACGUCAAGCCUACAGACAAAUUCUUCUUCAACAAUGAAUUCUCGAGCCAGUUCGUGAAGGUACGCAUCGGUGUUGUCAGUGGUGGUGCCAACAAAGCCGAGAAUGCGGAGCAGCGCCAGGAAACAGAUCACAAGGUGUCCGAAGAACGCUAUGGCACGAUCGAUUCUGCGGUUGUACGCAUCAUGAAACAACGCAGAAAAUUGAGUCAUAACCAGCUCAUUGCUGAAAUCCUAGCUCAACUCUCCGCGCGGUUCAUUCCUGAUGUGGAUAUGAUUAAGAAGCGCAUCGAAAGUCUGAUGGACCGCGAGUACCUGGAGCGUCUUCCAGAUGCUACUUAUGGUUACUUGGCUUAA